CGAAACAUCACUUUAUAUACGAGGUACGGGGACCACUAUCCAACUCAUCAUCAAUCCUCGCAACAAUUACUUCUCACCUACCCGUUAUUGCCCUACACCUCCCUCCAAGAUUCCCAACACAAUUGAAUCUUAAGCUCUGCUAGUUUGAGUUCAUCUCACAAAGCUCUCACCUCACUCACUUGACAACAAUCAUGCCCUACGAUCUUAAGGGCAAGAAUGUCCUCAUCACGGGUGGAUCGGCUGGCCUCGGCGAAGUCAUAGCCCACACCUUCGCAAAAGAAGGCAGCAACGUAGCAAUAAACUACUUCAACCGAAGCGAGAAGGCCGAGGAGGUCGCUAAAGCAUGCGAGGCGUAUGGCGUAAAGGCUAUCAUUGUGAAGGGAGACGUUGCCUCCACGGCGGAUUGCAAGAGGAGCGUCGAGGAAACGAAGGAGAAGCUCGGUGGCAUCGAUAUCAUUAUUGCCAAUGCUGGAUGGACGAAGUUUAGCCAGUUCGGGGAUCUUGAUGCUUUGACUGAGGAAGAAUGGGAUAAGUGCUGGGCUGCUAAUGUCAAGGCCCCACACGCCCUCCUCAAAGCCGCAAAACCGACGUUCAACGAGAACCCCGAGGGUGGAGUCCUCAUGACCACUGGUUCAAUCGCGGGCACUUCUCAAGGAGGUUCAUCAAUGGCGUACGCUGUGACAAAAGCAGCACAGAUCCAACUCGUCAAAUGUCUCGCAACGACUCAGGGACCCAAAAUCAGAGUCAACACCGUUCUGCCCGGCCUUCUCCUCACUGAAUGGGGCCUGCGAUAUUCUCAAGAGAUCAUCGAUGCCGUAAAGGAUAAGGCAGCAUUGAAGCACGAGACGUUCCUUCAGGACUGUGCAGAUGCAUUUAUCAUGCUGGCUAAGAACACGAGCAUGACGGGGACGAAGAUCCAGGUGGACGCUGGCUUGAACAUUCAGGGCAAUUAGAUACUGAGACUACGGCCUGGACAGCCUUCUCCCGAAGGAAGCUACACGAUGGUGCGCAAGACGUAUGAAGGGUCAAGUUCGAUGAAGUGAUGCAUUUGCAAUUCACAAACAGUGGAAUAUACAAACCCAUUAGAUGACCAAUUGAUCAGUGUAUUCCCCUUUGUAGAUGUACAAAAUUGAGGACAGUGGCUAGGGUAUAUCU